UCCAAACAGAACAUAGCGUCAGAUCAGAAUCAGACAAGAGAAGUUGAUAAGAACAAACAAAACAACAACCAAACCGUUUAUUUUUUCUUUUUUCUUCUCUCAACACUCUCACUUCCUAUCUAAUUUUUUUCGUUCCGUCGUUUCAUCCUCGCGAGCGUGCAUUUGCAUUGCAUUGCUCUCUCUCUCUCACAAAACGACGACGACGUCGCCACCGCGCACCGUUUUGGUUUUCCUUUCUCUUCCGUCGUUUGCUUCCGCAAAUAGCCUUUCGCAUGGGAAACGCUAACGGCAGAGAAGACGGAUCCAUUCCCCCCGCCGCCGCCGAUCCCUCCGCCGCCGCACGUGGAACUCACGCGCCGCCGGUCUCUCUCCCUCCGGUUCGCGCCUUCUCCUCCGAUUCAAUGGCCAAUAGCCCGCCGCACAGCCCUCGCCGCUCCAGAUCGCCGAUCCUCUUCGGUCCUCAGGUUCCUCUAGCUCCAUUACAACGAGGUAAUGGCCCUCCUUUUCUCAAUCAAAUGUGGCAGAAUGAGUCUCAUGGUAUUGUUAAUCACCCUUCUGAGCAAGGGAUCCCUGUCAUGAUUACAUGGAACUAUGGUGGUAACAAUGUGGCUGUGGAGGGAUCUUGGGAUAACUGGACAUCUAGGAAGGCAUUACAGCGAGCUGGCAAGGAUCACUCAUUCCUUAUAGUCCUUCCACCAGGUAUAUAUCAUUACAGGUUCAUUGCUGAUGGUGAAGAGAGAUUUAUCCCAGAGCUACCUAAUGUAGCUGAUGAGAUGGGGCAUGUCUGCAAUCUUCUUGAUGUUAAUGAUUAUGUGCCAGAAAACCCCGAUGGUGUGUCUGAGUUUGAAGCACCACCCUCCCCCGAAUCCAGUUAUGGCCAAGCAUUUCCAGCUGAAGAAGACUUUGCAAAAGAGCCAAUGGCUGUUCCUUCGCAACUGCAUCUUACUGUCCUAGGUAUGGAAAACUCUGACAUAGGUUCCUCUUCAAAGCCCCAACAUGUUGUGCUAAAUCAUGUCUUCAUAGAGAAAAAUUUGGCCUCAAAGUCUGUUGUUGCCCUGGGACUCACUCACAGGUUCCAGUCCAAAUAUGUGACAGUUGUCCUUUACAAACCGCUCAAGAGGUGAAAUAUAUAACGCUUGUCAAUUAUAUAAACCUUUUUUUCUUUUUUUUGGUAGCCUCAGUCUGUAAAGAUGAAAAUUUAAAUAAUACUCCUCAACGGGUGGUAUAUGAAGGUCUUGUGUCUAUAUAUGCUUGAGGCUUCUGUUCGAAUUGGUAAAUUAAACUUUUUGUUUUUCAAUUA